GGUGCGCUCAGGUGUAAAGCUAUUCGUUAGCCAUGUAAACACACGAUUUGACAUGUCUCCAGCCUAAGCGUUUAUCAAUGUACUGAGCUCGGAGAAUAUACUCUGACACCAGAAGGAUCGUCAUGUGUUUUACAAGUGGAAUAUAAAUGGAUUUCGUUUUGUACUGAAAUCAGGAAACAUGCAGGUAUAUUCGGAGAAGAGGAGCUCGAGGAUGGCAGACGAUCGAUUCUCUGUACCGUACUGAAGUCCAAGUCAUUAGGCAUUUUGCGGAUCACCACUUCUGCUAAUGGAAUCGAUUGUCAGAAAUUAACGCUAUGGCAUCUUCUAACUUGUCUGAAAAGUCAUCCUCGAACUCCUCUGAUAUUCAGUACGCUGCUUCCACCGGAACAUUCCUUGUUCUGUUCAUUUUGGCUGGGACUAUUGGUAACGGUUUGAUCAUUGUCAGCAUACUAUCUUCGAAAAAACUAAGGAGCUCCGCUUUCCAUUUACUUUCUAUAAAUCUUGCAAUUGUCAACAUUUUAGAAUGUCUCUUAAACAUGACUUUCAACUUGACAACUGUUAUGUCGAUAGACACCUUGAAGGGAAUCAGUACCGUUUGCAAAAUAAACGCUUUUUUCAUCAGCGUUGUAUGGAUGGAAUCCAUUCUGGGCAUAACAUUCAUGGUUGUGGAAAGAAUGGCUGCAAUGAAGAACACAGACAAAAUUGAUGUCAUACAGCGACCCAAACGUGUUGCCGUCAUGGUCACUUACACCUGGGUGCAUUCUGCAGCAUUCAGCCUCCCGCUUGCCACCGGUCUUGUGCCUGUCAGUGUCUACUCUGACAUCAACUCCUGCCUCGUGUCGGUAGAAUCAUCAGCCGUUUACAUCGGAACUGUGUCCAUAUGUUGUCUUGUAGUUCCCAUCGUUCUGACCAUAAUUUUAUUUAUAAUAACAAUGAAAAAUGCCUUUGCAGAAAAAUCUUCAGUCCAGGCACAAAUGACUCGACAUCAGUAUUCUAAUGAUGUAGAUGAACCCAAUUUUUAUAAGGAAUUCGCCGGAGCAAAAUUUUCUGGCAUAAUUUUAAUGUGCUGGGUGUUCUUGGUCUCACCCUUUCUCGUAGCCUUCUUUAUUUAUUUGUACAGAUAUAGUGACAUGAAUUUAGAUUCCGGUUUGAAAAUGUCUCAUUCCUCAAUUGUUUAUUUUUUGCUCCUCUGGUUAAAAUAUUGUAAUGUUUUCAUCCUUCCACUCUUUUCACUUUGUUAUAAAAAAGAAUUUUGGUUAAAUUUUAAAGACGUGUUAUUUUGCAAGAAAAAGAAUUCAGUAAAUGAUGUUGCCAAUGAACAUAACAGAUUGAGUCUUGAUAGUCAAGAUAAGAUAGAAAAAUUGGAAUCGAGAGAAAAGAAAAUAAAAGAAGAAAAAAUGAAAGAGGCAUUUAUUCACAAUUCUGGAUUUCAAGUUCCUGUGUUAUUUGCCACAGCCAAAGGUGUACAUAUUCAGACGUCAGAGUCUGAAGUCAUUGUUGAUGACCAAGGAACUGUUGGAAAGAAAUGUGAUGUGUUUGGAUCGCAGGGAAAGUUACAGCAAUUCGGAGAAGACACAAGUGAUUAUGACUCUAGUAAUGAGCUGGAUCCAUUUUCUGUGUCACAUCCAGUAUCCACUAAAAAUCUGAGAAAUCAAACCUCACCUGCCUUGCAUCACAGAUCUAGCUCCCAGCCUGAAGUCAGAACUAAAGGUCACUCCCCUGACCAACCCACCUCUGUAACGGUCACUUCGGCAGCGGAUUCGGGACUGGACAUCAGUAGUAUGAAUAAGAGUGCCGGUCCUCACCCGAGUCCCACUUUGACGUAUGGUAGGAGUGAUUCUUGUCCUGCGGAUGAGAAAAUCAUAUCAAAUCAUUCAUUCAUUCCAACAUCACCAAAAACAGCAGCUGUUUCUAAAUAUAACUCAGAUAGUACUAAUUAUAACUCAAGUAACGAUGACAAUCAGGUUCAAGAACCAGAAAUAUUUGCUCAAAAUGAAGGAUGUGAAAACCGUGCAUAUAAGGGGGAUAGAGAUGAUAUAGAAAGGUGCAAUAGCUCGACUGGUCAAGGACAAAAUGACCAGAGAGAUGGUCAAACUACCACUGGUCAAGGUCAGACCAACCAAAGGAUUGGUCAGAGUGUAGAUACUGAGAUUAUGUCCAACAGAAAUAUUUCAGAUGCAUGUGGAAAAGAUGGUGCUGCUACUGGUUGUGCUUUGAAUGCCAAUGUGAAUAACAAUGAAAUUUCAGAUUUACAUGGUGAUGGAAGUGUGGACACUUCUGGUAUUGUACCAGCAACACCAAGCAAAAAGAAAAAGAAACAUAAAAAACAAGCUAAAGGUUCAAAUUACACUGGAAUUUUAAGAAAUGGAGGUGAGGAACUGAGACUACCCCGACCACCACCAAGACUAGCUCCAUUACAAGGCUGUCACCAGCCUCUGUAUCAGAGAAUGACUGAAACGGAAACUACUGCACCUGAAGACAUUCCACAGAAUAGCAAUUGCUCGGGAGAAACCGGAAUCAUAUCCCACAAAGCAGCAGUAUACGAAGUGAAACAUGACAGGAAGAUCAAGAAUAAAACAAGACAAAGAAAUGCUGACAGCCAGACUUCUUUACUGGAUUCUGGGAGUUCAGCAGAGUUGAAAAGUUUGAAAGAUGCAGUGUUCGGUGUGUCGGAAUCGGACGGAUAUUCCUCACAAGUAUUGGAGGUUACGACACCAAGUGCGUGUAAUCUGGUAGAUCUUUCUAAGGAUUUCGGGAGCAUUUCUCCAACCUUGUCUCAACAUUCUCAUGACAACUAAAUCAUAUGUCUGAGGAUGCGGUGGAUGCCUUUGAGAAAUGCUGUAUUUGUGACCUUGACCUUAGAUUUAAAAGUACACUUUGUGUGACCUUGACCUUCACUUUGUGUGACCUUGACCUUGGAUUGUAUUGCAAGCUGUGUGUGACCAUAGCCCUGGAUUGUGUUACCUGUGAGUUACACUGUAUGUGAUCUUUGCCUUGUAUAUCUAAAUCAAGAUAUGUGUGAACUUCACCUUUCAAUACAUUUAAAGAUAUCUAUGUGACUUUGACCUUGGAUUUUAUUAUGAGCUGUAUGUGACUUUUCAACACCUUGGAUUGUGACCUUCACCUUGGAUGGUAGUACUAGUUUUAAUGGUGCAGUACCUAUACCGUCAUCGCCGUUUGACGUCAUCGUCUGUGAUAUAUCCUCCUCUUUAAUUUUGUCAUCUUCUGUCUCAUCAACUGAGUAUUGCUCCUGCAUAGUAAUUUUUGUUGUUUUGUUGUUUUGGUGUUAAAACUAGUCUGACGUAUAGGAAUAAUGAAAAUACAUCUGUUGAGUGACACAAUUUACAAUAUGAAUGAAAACGCCAAAAAUAAUACAAGUCAGUUGCCAUGGAAACCUAUAAAUGUUUGUAAGAGUGUUUGUGUUUGUCUGCAAUGUUAGAUUUUUGUGUGUAAAAUUUAAUAAGAUUGUGUAGCUCCCUGAAUGAGACAUAUCAAUGUACACUACUGUAGUUGAUACUUUUUAAAUUAGUGCUAAUAUAUUAGUACUUAUUGAAGUGAUCUUUGCAUUAAAAUACAUUCAAUCUUAUGUUUACGUUUCUCUAUAGAUCAUCAUUUAAAAUAACCAAAAAGUUCAAAUUAUUAUUUCUAGAAGAUCUUUAAGAGGCUUUUUUGUAUAUGUCUUUUGUAAUUAGGAGAUGUGAUAAUGUAAGGAACUCUCUUGUAAAGAAGAUGGCAUAAUACUAAUACUACAUAUUAUUCUUUAGAAACCUGGGACAUGCAUGCAUGGUGACAAUGAUAAUAAGAUAUCUUAACUUGAUGGCUCUUUAUACAUGAUGUUCCGCAAUAACUUUGCCAUUUACCACUUGUGAAAAAUAUCUCCUUGAAUCAUUAAAUUCCAUAGAAUCACAUUUCUCUGUUUAUAGUGCAUAUAUUGUAUCUGGAAAGAAACAAUUUUUUUUGAAACUUGGAUGUUUUUGAAACAAUAUGUUCAUGUUCUUACUGAGUUGUGCAUUGUGAUACAACAGGUAGACUAGUUGAUUCUAUACCUGUCACCAUGCCACUGCAUCCUACCCAGAGAAAAGCACAGAUACUCUGAUACUUGGUUUUGAGAUCAUUCACCCCUAGGUAACUUUGGUAGACUCAACCAUACAUUGAUAUGGAUGAGUCCAUUAUGGUCUACAGUGGUGAAAGGGUUAAAAGCAAUUUCUUUUUGGUAAAUUAAAUCAAAGACAAAUUCUACCUCCAAGCCUGUGGCAUAACUGAUAAAAGAAACCUGACACUGCACAGAGCAAUAAAUGGUGCAUUUAGAAAGUUAAUUACGGUAAAAUCUUAACAUGUACAUUUUAUACUUGUGUAUAUUUUACUCUUCGUUUGUUUAUACAUGAAUCCGUCCAUUUCAAUGUUUUCAAGACACUGUGUUUAUUUUUAUACUUUAUUGUACUGAUUGAAAGCUCAAGUAGCUAGAUUGAUGUGUUGUUAUUCAAAGUUUAUUUCUUUUAUUACUUUUGAACCAGAACUUUAAGGGGUUUAUAAAUUCUCAUUUAAGAUAUAGGGUUCACCCGUUGUCAGUAUAAUGUGACCGAGCGAAAUGCUGCGCUGUGUGCCUUCAGCAUGGUAUU